AGAAGGUUGGAUGCAGUCACAGCUGAGAGGCGGAUAUGUAAACACUUCACAUACCUGACUCUGGGCAAUUAACGGGUACAGCAGUACAAGAAACAAUGUUCAGAAAAAGUCAAUAUAAACACACAGAAGAGAAGGAAAGUGUUGUGAAGAACAAAGAUUCCCAAGCAGUUAGGUCAAAUGUGUACGCUUACAUCGAUACUGGCUUUAUGUUACAAGGUCUGGUGGAGUGGAAAGCACUUAGUGACCAAGCUGUCACCCAGGUGGAUCCAAAGAGUGCCAGACCUGUAGGAAAACAAUAUGUAUUUGAUAGAGUCUUCAUUGGGGACUCAAAAAUUCAUAUGUAUGCAAAUUCACUUGAGAAACAUCUUAAAGAUUCCCUCUCCAUGAUGCAUAGUACAGCCUUCAUUAUGUAUGGCCGGUCUCCAAUAGGUAAGAAAAUUAUAGGUUUGCCUGACGAUACAGUUUUACGUUAUACCCUGUAGUCUGUCUACAGUGCUAAUUUUGGUUAUGCAUGGGAGCGGGAUGGGUUCUGUUGUGUACUGCAUUUAUUCACUCUUAUAAGUUUACAACUUGGGGAAGUGAAUGUAGUCGGGUGCAGUACUGGCCAUGCUGCCUCCGAACACACAUGUAGUUAGUUCUGUAGAUGACCCAUAAAUUGUUAAUACUGAAAGAACAACUACAGAAAAAAAAAUUGUAAUGGACACCAACAGGUUUGAAGACUAAUAAUAAUAAUGAUGUACAGUACUGUAUUCUUUUGCCAAUAAUUGCUUAAGCUAUAAUUUUUUUUAACAAGAUCAAUUGAAGACUAAAGGUUCCCAAAUAAAGUGUCUGAUAUCCUCAGGUAGUUGAUGACAUCCUAUGCGGCAUUAAUGCUGAAGUGCCAUCAUGGAGGGAUAGCCAAAGAUGCUGUCGUGUGUAAAUCACUUUUUUGUGUGUGUGUAAACUUCAUUUCAAUAUCUUUAGUGUCAGUAUUUUCUAACAGGUACUAUGAAAAGUAAGAGAGUAUUUGAAGAACUCUUCACCAGCUUUUUUGAUCAAGCUACUGAAGAUAUUAUGUCAUAUAUGAGAGAAAUAAGAACAACAUAUUCUGUCUUGAGGUAUAAUGCAAGAAUUAUUGUUUGUUUCAAAUCUAAGUGUAUAAUAGUGCAGUAUGUGCUUGAUCGUAUCACUGAAUAUAUUCCCUGGUAGCUACAACAACACAAAUUUUGUGGACAUAUAGUAAUUAAACAAUCCUGUAGAGGGUUAAAUUUUGGCAAGAACUCACACAAGUUCCUUACUGUAUACUGUACAGGAUGUCAUGUGUUCAGGUGUACAAUGAGAAAGUAGAAGAUUUACUUGUAAUGGACAUUUUAAAUGACACAAGUGCACCAGCCUCUGGCCUCAAGUUAAUCAGGGAUGUCAAUGGCUUUGUGGAAUGGCUCGGUGCUAAGACAUCUUUCGUCACAUCAACAAGGCAGAUGAAAACUUUGUAUGAAAAAGGACAGUCCGAACACAUAAGGCGCUGCAAGAUGAUCAAAGGUCGUUUAGAGGCCGCGCACACCAUCAUACGUCUGAUCUUGGAGCAUACACCACAAAACAUGAAAGACAAAGCCUUGAACAGACUGAAUGUAACCACAUGUUACUUGGACUUUGUACUGGUAGCUGGUCUACAACUAGUACCCACAUUCACGAGUUUGCUUGAUGAGCUUAAAGGAGAUCCUCCUCUCACCAAGUCACUUUGGGCUCUUCAUCACUUUGUUACUGAUCCAAACAGGGAUAAGAAUGAACUCUAUGACAGCAGGAGGUCAACAUUAACGCAGCUGCUGCGUGAGAUGUUAGUUGGGAAGGGUCGCUCUGUGUUUUUGUGUGUAUGUGACCCAUCUGACUUAAAGAAAACUCAAGCUAUACUCAGAUUUGGCAGUGGUGCUACCCAGCUUGUACAACAUCCAUGCAAGAGCAACCACCCCUUCCAUGGUAGUGUACUUCAUAACAUUAUUAGCACUACCACUGAAGACAUGUCUGUGCUGCUGACUAACAAACAGUUAGUGAAGGAUGCUAUAGAAUAUAGAGAUUUAUCAAAAAUUGUGAAGUUAACACAAAAGCUACACUACUCUAAGAUGAAGGAACAUGUGACUGCAGUGAAAAAAAUUAUAAACUGGGUAUUCCCAUGGAACAACAGCAUGCCAGUGCAGAUCCACCGGAAGAUACGUCGAAGAGAACAUCCAAAGAAACUUUCGAUACCAAAAGAUGAUGUAUACUGUCAGCAGUUCACUGAGAGACACUUUAUUGGUAAGUGGAUACCCAAGUAUCCAGCAGAGCUAGAGGGAAAUUCUGGCAAUGAGGAGAUUACAUUGAUAACUAACUUCUAUGAUGAGAUACCUUACAACAUUUAUGAAAUGAAGUUGGCACUUGGGGAAAUAACAGACCAAAGACCGGAAUAUUAUUUGAUGCCUGGUAACAUCAAGAAUCACGACAAGAGUAAAUAUUGUGGUGGAAAUGCUAAUGCCAGAGGUCCCACACCCAUAAGGCAUCAGAAUGGCAGUCUGUCUCUUGUUAGAUAUGUGAGAGGCAUCUUGACUAUUACAAAAAAGCAUAAUUUUCAUGCACAUAGUAAAAUAAAAAAAUCCUACAUAGUAAUUAAGAAAGACUUUAAAUUGGAAAACUCACAGCCCAUGAAGGUAUACUUUCCACUGAACAUGGUAGAACCAGCUAAGGUUAUUGGACCUUUUGAAGAUGGUUAUGCUCACUUCCAUCGACUGUUGCUAUGGCUUCUGUGCCACAGACGAGAAUUCCUUGUUUAUAAUGAGGAUGAGAGAAAGUAUGAGGAUGGCAAAGUUUAUAUACAAAGUGACCGGACUCUAGCAAAGAAACAACCCAAAAUAUCUUUUGAAGAAGCCUUCAAUAUUUUUUUGCAAGGAAGAGCAAGGGGUGGGCAAGAAAGUUGCAGCAACAAACAGACUGUUAAAUACAUGGGAGAUUACUGGACUGUGUGUUGUGGUGAGGUUGAUGGACUAGGAUUGUUCUACAGCUCCAAAGUGGAUGUAAUAGAAAAGUGGGUAAAGAAAUUUUACUGGCAUAAUCCGAAAUGGUUGUUAGAUAAAGGCAAAAUCUCAAAAUUUUACCGUGUAAUGACUAAAAUAGGAGAAAAAGUAAUGUACAAAACCCACCUAUACAAGACACCAGUUAACACCAAGGCUUGGAGGUUAUACCAGUGGCAUGAGAUGUUUGGGUGGUGGGCAGACUACCAGUUUGGGGGGAUUCCCAAUAUUAUUGGUGGUGAAUUGGAAGGAAGUGUGGUGACAUCUUUGAGGUUAUUCAACGCUGAUGAACUACCAAAAUUAACAAAAGCUUGGUGUCGCAAGAAACCAUGGGAUCCUAUUGUGUGUGAGAAGUAUAUGGCCUCUCUCCUGCGCUUUAUGAAAAUGUGUUGUAGUAAAGCUCCAAGACAAGUAUUAUCUUUUGGGUUGAGAAAAGAAGGUACUGUUCUGAGCAUCAAGAAAUUCCUGGACAAUAAAGAAAUAAUAAAUUAUAGCUGUGACCAGAUUUUACCAGAUGACGUUCUUAAACAUCUGUACCCACCUCCACCACCACCUAAACCAGGAAAGAAAAGAGGUAAAAAACCUAUGGUGAAGCCACAGGUUGAGAAGCCAAUUCCUAAGAUCCGUAGACGCCCUAACAGACCAAAAAAUAUUCCAUGGCGUGAUUUUAAAAAUAAAACUGAAUUUAGCUCUCCAGACUUAUCCCCAUGUGAUCCCUCAGUAGAAAUAAUAUUUUCACAACGAUCUCCACUCUCUUCUGAUGAGGACUUUAAAAAUAAACUGUAUAGAACUCCUCUUAAUAGCCAUGUAAGUGAAUUAUUAAAAGAGAUACACCCACCAACUAAAGUAAAGAAACCAGAAGUAAAAAUAAGAAAACUUGUAAAACCAGAAAUACUAAAGAAACUCGAAAAAGAGAUCAAUCCUGCAGACUUAAUUUUACGUGAAGAGACUGAACUUCAGGGGUUGUUGAGGAAAGAGGUGUAUGAGAUGCUCAUUAAAGUGAGAGAAGAGGAGAGAGCAGCAAGUAAGGUUCAGAAAGAGGUUUUGCCUCCUUCACAGUUACGUCCACCACCAAUUAAGAAAACAAAGUACAAAAGACUAUUGUUAAGUGGUGAUAGUAGCAGUCCUGGCAGUUGCAAAAGUGGUGAAUUUAAUGACGAUGAUGACAUUUAUUGUAACCAGGAAGAGAAUAUGACAACAUGAUUAGAAUGUUUGGCCCUCAGAUCAGGCUCUUGACAGACAGACAGACAGCAGUAGACUAGUAGGACACGACCUCACUGAGAAAAUAAUGGUUAAAAGCUUUUAGUGGAAAUAAAGAAAAGAUGGAAUUUAACAAAACACAUGUAAGAGAUGAUAAGAAGAGAAAGUGGAAUCUGACUUACCUCUGGGACUAUUGUGAGGUCAGGAAUAUGGAUAGAAGGCAUGGCAUAUAGAAUGAUGUAUAGAUGAUAGUGAGUCAACGUGAAGAAGGUACUCGAGGAAUUAAUACAAGAUAAAGAAAGAAAAAGAAAUUAGCGACAUAGAAAAAUGAAGUUCAGAAUAAGAAAUUUGGAGUAUAAUUAAUGAGAAAGUGAAUGCUAAGAUAUAAGAAAGAGUAAGCAGAAGGGAACACUGGUGUGAAUAAGAAGUGUAUAUAAUAGACAAGAAAGAAGAAGUAAGCAAAAGGUGAAGAACAAUAAAACAAGGAUCGGUAAGAUGGAGAUAAAGAAAUAUUAGGAAUAGUAAAGCAUUAUAUUUUUCACAUCAUGUCUUGGCAGAUCGGUACUGUACUCUAAAUGUUUUUUGCCUUUUUUUCCUUUUUGACUAGAUUGUUAUGAGGUAAUGAUUUUUUUUUAUUUAAGGCAGUUUUUGGUGAACUUUACUUUUUUAUAAACUGAAAAAUAAACAUCAGGAUUACUAAUUUGCCAAAUGCAGAUUUUUCUAUUUCUUGAAAUUUGAAACUUGUGAGAUAAGGAAAAUUUUAUUUUUCAAAACCUUAAAUGAUUUGAUUAGAAGUAUGACCUUUGUGUGGUUGUGGCUACUCCAGACCUUUAGUUAAAUCUGAUUUUUCAUUUUUAACGACAACUCUCUGGUAAUUAAAUCUGCUCUUACCGCACUUGUUAAAUAUUAUAAGAAUAAACCAGAUUCUCUAAGUUAAACAUACCCCUGUACAGUACUGUAAUACAUAAUGGGACAUUAUUAAACAGUCUUUGGAUACUAUAGUGCUAUAUAAAGUUCUGUAUAUUGGGGCUACAUUUACAAAAUUAAUCUGACCUGUGUGACUGAACAUGUGAUCAUUUCUAAGAGAAGCAUCACAGACAUCAUUCAUUUACACCUACAGUGCUGUAUACUGUACAGCAAAUAUCACAAAAUAUGUAAAAACAAUCAUGACUCACUGUGGUACAGUUCUACUAAUUAAAGGUACAUGUUUGCAUUUAUCAUCUAUGUAAGUACA